AUAAGACCAAAUGAUAAGAAAAAACACUAGUAGUAGGAUCCAACGCAACACAACACAACACAACACUCAUUCGGACCAAAACAGUGGUUAGCUACAAAACAAAACGCAGCCCUUUUUGAAGCGUCUUUUAAACGCACGCCGCGUAUCUGCCACUUUCUCUCUCAGCUUCUUCUUUCUCUGUUUCAUUUCGUGCGCGUAUUACAGCAAUGAGCAUCUCAUCACUGCGUUUCGAUUCUCGCACACUAUGCACUCCUCAAUCUCAACACCCAUUCACUUUCCACAAUCGUUUUACUCCAAACGUCGUCGUUUGCGCCGCCAAGCCAGUUACAUCUCCUCCUACUAAACUCACCGCCGCCGUUCCUCUCGCCGCUCGAAUCGAGUCACUUAGUCAGGUUUCCGGUGUUCUCGGUUGUCAAUGGGGUGAUGAGGGAAAAGGAAAGCUUGUUGAUAUCUUAGCUCAACACUUCGAAAUCGUUGCUCGUUGUCAGGGUGGAGCUAAUGCUGGGCAUACCAUUUAUAAUUCGGAGGGGAAAAAGUUUGCCCUUCAUCUUGUUCCUUCUGGUAUCCUUAAUGAGGAUACACUGUGUGUUAUUGGUAAUGGUGUUGUAGUACACCUGCCGGGGUUGUUUCAAGAGAUUGACAACCUUGAAUCGAAUGGGGUCUCUUGCAAGGGAAGGAUAUUGAUUUCAGAUCGGGCUCACCUCUUGUUCGAUUUCCACCAAACAGUGGAUGGGCUGAGAGAAGCUGAGCUCUCUAAAUCUUUCAUUGGCACCACCAAGAGAGGCAUUGGACCGUGCUACUCUAGCAAAGCUAACCGUAAUGGGAUUAGAGUUGGUGAUUUGAGGUACAUGGAAACUUUACCUCAGAAGCUUGAUCUUUUGUUAUCAGAUGCAGCAUCGAGGUUCAAAGACUUUAAGUAUGGUCCGGAUGUGUUAAGGGAAGAAGUUGAGAAAUACAAGAGGUACGCUGAAAGGUUGGAACCCUAUAUUGCUGAUACCGUGCAUGUCAUGAAUGAAGCCAUAACACAAAAGAAGAAGAUCUUGGUUGAAGGAGGACAAGCAACCAUGUUGGACAUUGAUUUUGGCACUUAUCCCUUUGUUACUUCUUCUAGCCCAUCAGCUGGCGGGAUAUGCACCGGUCUUGGUAUUGCUCCAAGAGUAGUUGGUGACUUAGUAGGAGUGGUGAAAGCAUACACUACAAGAGUUGGUUCUGGUCCUUUUCCAACUGAAAUUUUGGGUCCAGGAGGUGAUCUCCUCAGAUUUGCUGGGCAGGAGUUUGGCACGACUACUGGACGCCCCCGACGAUGUGGCUGGUUGGAUAUUGUUGCAUUACGAUACGCAUGUCAGAUCAACGGUUUUUCAGCAUUGAAUCUCACUAAGCUGGAUGUUUUGUCUGACCUUGAUGAAAUACAAUUGGGUGUCUCCUAUAAACAUGAGGAUGGCACUCCAGUCAAAUCAUUCCCAUCGGAUCUUCGUCUUCUCGAGCAAUUGAAGGUGGAAUAUGAAGCGAUUCCUGGAUGGAAGACUGACAUUUCUUCCAUUAGAAACUAUUCUGAUCUUCCAAGAGCUGCACAGUUGUAUGUAGAAAGGAUAGAAGAGCUUGUUGGUGUCCCUAUUCACUACAUUGGUGUUGGGCCUGGCCGUGAUGCCCUCAUAUUCAAAUGAUUUUUCACAUUGAUCUUCCAUGUCACUCACUAUAAGCAAGUUUAGAGGCUUUCUGCGUAGUUUUAUUCCCAUUUUGAUUUGGGCUGAAAGCACAUUUCUAGUGACUAGUGAGGAUUAGCUAUUUAAUGUACUAUUCUGUUAUUCAUCACGGCAUUUUUACCUCUUAAUUUUGCAGUACUGGGAGGAUGAGUUUUUGAAGUGAUAUGUAUGAUGAGAACAUCUGUUCUUAGUGUUAUUUAUGCAAUAGAAAAUAACGUUGUACUUUUAA